AUGAGAUGGAGUCGUCUACACAAUCGUCUAGCCGUAUUAUUCAUAAUGUGUGCCUGUACUUUAUCAGUUUACGCUUUAAUUAAAAAGAUUCAACGUGUUUUCUAUUUUAACCAUUUAGAUGAGAAUGCGGAAUUAGUAGGAACCAUUUCAUCAUUGUUAUACUAUAAUUCAAGCUUUACCCUAAGUGGUUCACCUUCUCUUAACUUUCUCAUACACUCGUCAAAAUCUUGGCCUGACGAUAUCGUGUGCGAGUCUAGAAACUCCACUUACACACUACAAUCACGUUUGCAAAUUGAAAAUAUCGGGCCUAACACUAUCAAACAAGGAAUAUGUGAAUCUGUGGAUAAUCCUAUGUAUUUCAAUUUGUUUAAUGAAGAACUAUCUCUAGCAAUCGAACCUGAUGUUGUCAAGGAAAAACCGAGUUUGUCUUCGAAUACCGUCUGUAUAACAUAUGCCUUGCUAUACGAAGACGUCUCUUCUAUACGAACAAUCAUGCGGCAUUUCAUCGGGAAACGAGUGGUAUUCUAUGGUGGAAGCUGGAAUGAUGACGUCAUGUAUGAACUUCGCCAAAAUUCUAAGGAUAUUGAAAUGAUUUUUUGGCCAUUAAUUCGAUCAGAAGACGAAUCUUCUAAAAAUGAGGAUCCAAGCCAAUUUUCUCUGCAUGUAGACAGUUAUACAACAACUUUAUAUAUGUCAUUAGCGGAUUGCUGGUUCCGCUAUGCUCCAGUUUCAGAAACAGUGACGUUUGUUCAUUUAAAUAACAUUAUAUUCUCUGGUUCACAUCCUCUACCACCUCCGGCUCUCGGCUCAACCAAUUCCCUGUUUAAACAUAUAACUGAUUCAUGGAAGUUGCAGAAGCUGAACACAGUCAAGAUUAUUGAUAACAACAAGUUAUCCUUAACCAUCUCGGAACUUUGCCACAGUCGAAAUGUAGAUGUCAAUUGCAUUCCCAUGUCUUCUUCUCACUUCAAGCUGAUGCCUCGUCAGCUGAAGCAAACGACGCUGAAGAAAUCAUCUUCUUCUUUCUUUGGACAGGACAAUUAUGAUGAUAUAAUAAACAGAUGUGCUCAAUCAAAUGAUACAAUGUAUGGUGAAGAUUUUGAUCGUCCUAUUCUCGAGCAUGAUCUUAUACCUCAAAAGUUCAAGAUAGCAUCCAAAGUUGACCCAUGCGAGAUCAAUUUAAGGAAAUCGAACUAUCAAUGUAGAUCAGCUACACAGUAUAUGAAAAGGUUAUUCAGCAAAAACCGAAAAGUGAAUGUGGUGCUGAAGCGGGCGUUACUACGACAUACGGAUGGAUGUCACAUUUAA